GAGCUCAGUGAAAGCAGUCAAGGGAGGAGGCGGGUCUCUGGCAAUUUCCCUUUCUAACUUCCCCCACCCUUCUCUUCCAACCUCUGUUCCACCUCUAGGUGGAUUCCAGCCUUUGCGGCAGCUGCUCUCUAGCCCUUUGCAGGACCCAAACAACAGCGGCCGGCCAUCGUUCCCAGGAUGGUGAUCCGUGUGUAUAUUGCAUCUUCCUCUGGUUCUACGGCGAUUAAGAAGAAACAGCAAGAUGUGCUUGGUUUUUUAGAAGCUAAUAAAAUAGGAUUUGAAGAAAAAGACAUUGCAGCCAAUGAAGAGAAUCGAAAGUGGAUGAGAGAAAAUGUACCUGAAAACAAUCGACCAGCCACAGGGUACCCCCUGCCACCUCAGAUUUUCAACGAAAGCCAGUACCGUGGGGACUAUGAUGCCUUCUUUGAAGCCAGAGAAAAUAAUGCAGUGUAUGCCUUUUUAGGCUUGACAGCUCCACCUGGUUCAAAGGAAGCAGAAGCUCAGGCAAAGCAGCAAGCAUGAACCUGAAACAUUCUGCCUUAAGCAUCGAAAAAGGAAUCUCUAUUGCUCUUAAAAUUAUCUUCAAAAGAAAUCAGCUUAAUGUUGAGAUAAUAGAUUAUUUGGUGUUUUCACAUGCAAACAAUCAAAAUGAAUAAUACAUAAUUAAAAUGUGAAUAUUAUGAUGAGGAGAAUGAGAAGUGAACAAAAUUUUUAGAUGUCAUGGAAUAGUAUUGUUAUCUGCCAAGGCAUUUUAUAUACUUCAGUGAUUGUAAAAAAGAAAAAAAAAGACCUGUGCCUUUUCUGGUAUUAUUAUUGCAGCUUUUAAAACAGAGCAAAAGAAUCUGUCUCUUGUUCCAAAAUUGCCUCAUUAAUUUUAGCUAACAAAAAUAUGUACCCUUUGAUAUAACAUUAUUGUGAUUAGAAAGCAGUUGCAGGUAAUUUUUAUAUGUCAGACAUUGUAAUUUCUUAUGGUAAUUAUAACAUUCCCAUUAUUUUGUAAUUGAAACUUUUAUGUACUAAACAGGUUUUUUAUGCUUCUAAAUGUAGCCCUUUAUUGUUUACUUCAGUGAUCAGAACAGAUG